GUGCAGGCAACAUCGCCGAUGGUUCUAAUGCGGACGUCGCAAACAAUUCAUAUCAUCUCUACAUGGAAGACAUAAAAAUAAUGAAGGAAGUGGGUUUCAACUCUUACCGAUUCUCCAUCUCAUGGCCCAGAAUAUUGCCAAAAGGAACAAAGAAAGGUGGUAUAAAUCGUGAUGGCAUUAAUUAUUACAACAAUCUAAUAAACGCACUACUAGAGAAUGGUGGCUAUUCUACAUGCUCCUAUACAUUUGUCUAUGCAUCUGUCUCUGGUUUGGAUGUUUAUGGUCAACCUUUUUGGUUCCCCUUGCUCCUCUUGAUCAUUCUUGAGGAAUAUGGAGCUUCAUCGAAUCUGACAUUAUGGCUAAAAUAUUUGGUUAUGGACGUGAUAGGUAUAGAGCCGUUCGUUACAAUAUUCCACUGGGAUCUCCCCUUGGAGCUACAAACUAAGCUUGGAGGAUUCUUAAAUGGAAAUAUUGUAGAACCUUUCAAAGAUUUUGCGGAUGUUUGCUUUCAAGAAUUUGGGGAUAGGGUCAAGCAUUGGAUCACAAUGAACGAGCCAAAUAUAUUUACAUGGCUAGGAUAUGAUUUGGGAAAAAUGCCACCGGGUAGAUGUUCCGAAAAGUGUGAUGUUGGUGAUUCUGCCACGGAGCCUUAUCUUGUAGCCCAUAACUUAAUCCUCUGUCAUGCAGCUACAGUGAACUUGUACCGGACCAAUUAUCAGGCAAUCCAAAAGGGUAACAUUGGAAUUACAUUGGCGUCUACCUGGUUCGAACCCUAUUCAUCUGGUAAUCCAUACCACAAUGCAUUUGAGAGGGCCAUGGACUUCCAUUACGGAUGGUUCCUGGAGCCAAUAGUGUUUGGAGACUACCCGUUCAACAUGAGGGCCAUAGUGAGGGAGAGGCUUCCAACUUUCACAGAGGAAGAUUCUAGGAUGAUCAAGGGCUCGUUUGAUUUUAUUGGUUUCAAUUACUACUAUGCAAAUUAUGCUAAGAGCGUUACAUUGAAGAAUGAUGAUGAACCCACGAGCUAUACUCAAGACUACUACGUUGAACAACUUGGAGAGAAAGACAACAUACCUAUUGGAAUUGUGCAAAAAGGGGCCAGCCAGUAUGUGUAUCCGAAAGGAAUUAAAGAUCUGGUGUUAUAUGUGCAGAGUCGAUAUAGAAAUCCAACCAUAUACAUCACUGAGAAUGGAUUUGGGACAAAUAAUCCUGCACCAGAGGAUCCAAAAGUCUUGGAGGAAGAUUUACCGAGGCAACAAUUCCUUGCUGAUCAUCUCUCGGAACUUCGAGAAGCGCUCAGGAUGGGGGCUAAUGUGAAGGGAUACUUCUUGUGGUCAUUGACGGACUCCUUCGAGUGGACGUCAGGAUAUGGUCAGCGCUUAGGCAUUUACCGCAUUGAUCGCACCAAGCCUUCACUCGACCGAAUCCCUAAGCAAUCAGCUCAUUGGUUUGCUAAAUUCCUUCUCAAUAAGUUUUAAUGAGCCAAGACUCGGCAAAUUCCUUCCCGCUUGAAUUAGAAUAUUGGAGUUUCUUCACUAAAAUCUCCAUUGUACUGUUGGGCGCUUUAAUCCUUUGAUGUAAGACCUUGUUAAUUAGUAAUCGAUAUGGAAGACUGUUUCUU